CUCUUUCUAGUAGCCGGUUAUGGCGGCGGUGUGUGUUUGUCCAUGAGGCGGGGAGCGCGAGCUAUUCUCACAGCAAGGAACCUAAACUAAGGUAGUAAUGGCGGGUGUAUUCGACAUCGAUUUGGAUCAGCCGGACGAAAAUGUCUCCGACGAUGAGCUGGAGGAGGCUCAGAUUAACGAUUUCAUGGACCAAUGCAGUGGCUUUGAAUUUAAUAUGGAAGACUGUGAGAAGAUUGAGAUAUCUGAGGACAAUGUCAACCAAGGAACAGAGAACAUUAGGCCAGAAUGUUUUCAGCUGCUUCGGGUGCUGGGAAAGGGCGGUUAUGGAAAGGUUUUUCAAGUUCGAAAAGUUGCUGGAGCUGCAUCGGGAAAAAUAUUUGCCAUGAAGGUUUUAAAGAAGGCUAUGAUUGUGCGCAAUGCAAAGGACACAGCCCACACCAAGGCGGAAAGAAAUAUCCUAGAGGAAGUGAAGCAUCCUUUUAUCGUGGAUCUUAUCUACGCCUUCCAGACGGGGGGCAAGCUGUACCUCAUCUUGGAGUACCUCAGUGGCGGAGAGCUGUUUAUGCAACUGGAAAGAGAGGGCAUUUUUAUGGAAGACACAGCCUGCUUUUACCUGGCUGAAAUCUCCAUGGCUCUGGGACAUCUUCACCAAAAAGGCAUAAUCUACAGAGACCUAAAGCCUGAAAACAUCAUGCUUAAUAACCAAGGCCAUGUGAAACUGACAGACUUUGGGCUGUGCAAAGAAUCGAUUCACGACGGCACAGUCACCCAUACUUUCUGCGGCACCAUAGAGUACAUGGCUCCAGAGAUCCUGAUGAGAAGUGGACACAACAGAGCAGUGGACUGGUGGAGUCUCGGGGCACUCAUGUAUGACAUGCUGACUGGAGCACCACCCUUCACUGGUGAAAACAGGAAGAAAACCAUUGACAAAAUCUUAAAAUGCAAGCUGAACCUUCCACCCUACCUCACACAAGAAGCCAGAGAUCUUCUAAAAAGGCUGCUAAAAAGAAAUGCCUCGUCAAGACUUGGAGCGGGGGCUGGAGAUUCUACAGAAGUGCAGGCUCAUCCUUUCUUCCGACACAUCAACUGGGAAGAGCUCCUGGCCCGGAAAGUGGAGCCUCCAUUCAAACCUUUUCUGAAAUCUGCUGAAGACGUGAGCCAAUUUGACUCCAAGUUCACCGACCAAACACCUGUAGACAGUCCCGAUGAUUCCACACUCAGUGAAAGCGCAAACCAGGCUUUUCUGGGCUUUACAUACGUGGCUCCAUCAGUACUGGAGAACGUCAAGGAAAAGUUCUCAUUUGAGUCAAAAAUCCGCUCACCCAGACGGGGUUUGGGAAGCCCAAGAACACCAGUCAGCCCUCUGAAGUCCUCUGCUGGUGACGUGUGGCCUCGGGGCCCCUUGAUGCCCUGUGGAUCUGCUCAAUGUCUCCAGUCGCCACAGGAACAAGUAAUGGAGGUGUCAACCACAGAACAGAUGGAUGUGCAGACCAACUCCGAGGCCUCUGCCCCCUUGCCUAUCCGCCAACCUACAGGGUCCAACCUGUCCCAGUUCAAACAACAGGCCUACCCUGUUAUGGCCAAGCGACCUGAGCAUCUACGCAUGAAUCUAUGACCAGUAGUUCAUCUGAGAGGAUUUUUUUCCUUUGUUGAUACUUUUCUUUUUUAAAGAUAAGGACGCUAGAGACCAUGAAACGGUAAAUGUAACUUCUGCACAAACACCCUCACUACCUGCAGUCUCCCCUCAGGCUGUAACCUGCAGUGGAACUUGGCAGACUACAGUAGGCACUCCCUCAGGUCCCCUUGACCUCUGCACCCUGACCCCUUGCAGGACUGGACUGGCAGGACGGGGUGUCACUUUGGAUCUGUAACCUUUUUUUAUUACUCCAUUCUACCACGAACAAAAGGAAUAUGGUGAAAUCUAUCAAAUGUGACCCCUCACAAUUCACAUGAACAUAAAUCAACUCUGAAGUGACUCCGUUCAAGUUAGAUGAUUGAAUGCUAAUGAGGAAUGAAUUGCUUCCAUUCAGCAAUUGGGAGAUUCCCGUAUUUCUUGAAGCUACCUGUCUCAGAAUGAAAUUAUACUAAUUAUUGUUAAUUAAAUAAAUAUGACUGGGAGGGGUAUGAAUAAGCAAAGGUUUUGAACAUAGCUUUAUGUCUUAAGUAUUUUACAGAAGGGAAUCAUCUACUGUGCUAUAUCAAUGAUGUACCAAUUCAUGAGAGCCUCAAUAAAAACAGAAAUGUUUA